AGAACAAUCAGGAGCCUUGGCGGGAGAGAAAUAGUUUUCCAAGAAACAAUCGUCCCAGGGAUGACUAUAAACAAGGUAACUGGAAUAACAAUAAAACCAAUUACCAAAAUACCAAUACACCCUACGUCCCACCUCAUAACCGCCAACCUCCGCAAGAAGACUCCUUGGCAAGGAUGGAGAAGAUGAUGAUGGAGUACAUGCAGAAGAUGAACAAUCUAGCAGAUGAUAUGAAGGAACGUGACAAGACACGGGAUAGUCAACUCCAACAAGUGUUUAAACAACUUGGAGUUAGAGAACAGGGGAACCUCCCAGCUACCACUGAACCAAACCCACGGGAGCAACUUCAGGCAAUAACUUUGAGAAGUGGUAAAGAGCUUCAAGGCCCAGAAGUCAAAGUCAAUAUAGAUGAAGUACCCGUGGGUACCUCUAAAGGAACAACCCCGCAAAAGAAAACUGAAUCCACGCCCCAAGGGGCGGGAAAGGAAGAAACCUCUUCUAGCCAGACCCUACCAACCAAGCAAGCUCAGCUAAACACUAUCCCUUUUCCUACUAGGGUGAAAAAGAACAAAGAUGAAAAGGCUUUCCAGAAGUUUCUCGAUGUCAUUGGCCAAGUUGAGGUCAAAAUACCUUUGGUAGAUGUGUUAACUGAAAUGCCCAAAUAUGACCCAGCUGAGUUCUGCAACUCAGUAAAAGUCAUAAAAGAUAAAGGGUCUGUAGAAGAUCUCCUAAGCCUAGAAAUUGCUUUUCAAGAACCUAAGUGUGAGGAGAUGCCUCACAGACCAGCAUACCCGACUGCUACGCGUGCCGAUGUUCACCUGGUGGGUUCUGGACCCAUCCAGCGCUUUGAGAUGUGGGGUCGUCACCGCUCAUUGACGGAAUCUGUGUACUUAUCCUCGGCAGCUCUCGCCGAUUACGGAUACGCUGAAGAGAUGGAGCAGCUGUUACAAGGGACUAGGUGGCAUCGCCUCUUCAUGAUGCGGAGCGAGUCUAGCCUGCCACUGACGAUCGAGUUCCUGUGCUCUCUAGAGUUGGAGCCAUCUACAGGAUCGAGUUCGGAGGAGACAUCGACGCCAGAAUUCGAGGCCGCACCGUACCUUCUCCCUGCAGACAUUGAUCCCGCUGACUUUUGGGCAGAACAUUCUUCAGAUCCAGACCGCUUUGAGGGCAUGGGCCGAGCCAGGUUUUGGAUUCAGCCGACUUGGCGAAUCCUAUCUUUUGUGCUUUCGUCAUCUUUCUUUGGGAGGCCGUUGAACACAGAUCGGGUAUACCCCGAUGAUUUGAUUGUCUUCUGGAGCCUGCACACACGCCAGGAGGUGAAUGUGGCUGUCUUUGUGGCCCGAUUUCUCUACAGUCAGUCCAUGGGGAAUCGGACGCACAUUGUCUGUGGUUUCGUAGUCACCAUACUCUUCCGAUCACUCGAGGGAUCGGCACCCAUUCCACGAGCUCAGAUGAUGAUGCGAGAUUUGGAUGCCGGCAUGCUGAGGAAUGCCCACAUUCGUAGGAGGUUGGGAGCUGGCUCUACCGAGAGCAACGCCGCCUCCUCAUCUGCGCCCUCGACAUCAGGAGCAUCUUCGCAGGUCUCGUCUAGGAGGGCCACUCACCGCCGACCCACUCCUCAGGCCACCCCAGCUACGACCCAGGCUGAUCCGACCCCUGAAUGGGCUAGGAGGAUCCUGGAGCAGCAGGAUACCAUCCUGCAGAGGAUGUCCGAAAUCGGACAGCAGCAGGCAUCCCAGGCUGAGAACUUUGCUCAGCUUCGAAGGACCUUUACUAGCUUUUACUCGGAUGUGCACAUCGGGCUCACCCCUCGUUCUCCUGAGGGCAACGAUCCAUCCACCUCAGUUCCUCCUCCUUCGUGAUCUUCAUAUUAUUUUCUUUUGAAAACUUUUAUUUCUUUUCGUUAUGAGCAGGAAUUGAUGAUCAACUGGAUUUGUUGGAACUUC